AUGGCUCCUCCUGCUGCUACUCCUAAAAUGCCAACUUCAACAACCCUUGUUGCCCGUCAUCCUCAACUGCUCACAAGAAGUCGAGAUCAAGAUCACAUCGGUAACGACGACGAAGACAACGACAUCAAGCAGGAGAGGCAGAAACGGACCUCCCAUUAUAACCAUCAUAGACUUAACUAUCUGAAGCAACUGCUGCCGGUGGCCUGGUCCCACAAUCCCCUGACCACCCUCAAGCUUAUCUUCAAUCUCCAUUCUAGGAUUUCUCGUAAGGGAAGAGAUUAUCCGGAAGCCUUUCACACAGCCCUGUUUUGUCUCCACCAGAACCACCCCAGGACGCUACUAUGCAACCUCCCCGCCUUCGCCGGUUGGAAAUGGGGUUUCAAUGACCUUCUCGACAUUCUCUACGGCCUUCUAGAACAAGGCCAAGACGCUACUGCAGGGGAGAGGCUCCACCGCGACCCUGACUAUAAGUUGUUACACGACCAGGUUAUGGAUCUCUUGGCGGAGCGGUGGAAGUCUGCUGUUGAAAAAUUUAAGCAGCACAAGCUGGAACUAAAGUCAUUCCAAGACUGGGACCAACUUGAUGAGGCUGAUCAUCUUUUGGUAUCUGGGACUGCAGCGGUUUGCAGCCUCCCCGACCAUCACACCAGCUCCAUUUUGCUUCGUGAAAGCAUUGCGAGGAGGCUUUUCCCACCAGAAUCGGAUCAAUCCGAAGAGUGGGAACGGCUAACCGACGCUUUGGAGCCCUUUUUAAAUUACUACAUGCAUCGGGCCUCACAUUGGAACCACACACAAGAGCGCUCUGAGGUUAAAAAAUGUUUGGAGGAGGUGAAAGCAGCAGCUGCAGCAGGAGGCAAUUUAAGAGGCGGCAUAAUAAAGCCGGAUGCUUUGCUUCCAAAUGAGAUCAUAAAAUAUGCAGAAGAUGAGGAUUUCGGGGAAGCGGCUAACCUUCAGUGGAAGGCAAUGGUGGAGGACAUGUACCUAAAGCAGCAGCAAAAGAAGGGGGAAGAAGGUUUGGGCAAAUUUACAAACUGUUUGGCAGUGUGUAACAUCACCGAGGACACGGCCAAAUUACAAAGAGAAUUGGGGGUGAGUUUGGGACUUUUGGUUUCGGAACUGAAUGAAGAUCCGGCAUGGAAAGGAAAGGUGAUCAGUUUCGGUGAUUUGCCCGACGAUCAGCCUCAGCCUCUGCUGCAUUCCAUACAAGGCGAUGAUUUAAAGUCCAAGUGCGAGUUUAUGAUGAGGACAUGUCGCAUGAAGUCCAACGAGAGUGUCGAUUAUCGGAAGGUGUGUGAUCUGAUUCUGGAAGUGGUUGAGAAUGAGAACUUGAAGGCAGAGCAGAUGAUCAAGAAAGUGUUUGUGCUCACCGAUUAUCGGAAGGUGUGUGAUCUGAUUCUGGAAGUGGUUGAGAAAGAGAACUUGAAGGCAGAGCAGAUGAUCAAGAAAGUGUUUGUGGUCACCGCGACUUCACAGGAUUCUUUACUAAUACAUAAAAAAUUUCUUAUGCUCUUCAGCAAUUUUUUCAAUCUCAUUGUACUCUGUUGA